UCUCUACCGACGUAAUGCGUGAGGACAACAUUCGUCCAUUACAUACAACUAUUCGUGUGUUGUGCGCUUCUCUAAUUAACGUCGUCGUUUAAUUCGUGUAUUUUAUACGCGAUAAUUUCUUUAUAAGCCGGCAGACACCAAACUGUAGCCACGGAGUACCGACUAGUACUUCGGGAAGACAUGGCUUUCCCACCCCAUAGACCGCCUCUAGGCAUGCCCGGAAUGCCGGGCAUGCCGCCCAUGUUACCGCCAUACACCAUGCCACACAUGGUCCCUGGAGGCAUGAUACCAAUGGCCAUGGGUGUGAUGCCGCCGAUGAUGGCGCAUGUGGCCGUGACAGUGCCUCCGUCGAUUCCAAUCCUGGCGCAGCCGCCGCAGCAGCCUUCGCCGCAACCGCGCUCGCAAGGCAAGCGUGGCCACGGUUCAGGCUCUGGCUCGGCAGUUAUCGAGAAGAAGCCGCUCGUGCGCAGGAACCAGCAGUCGCACGAAAAUGCAUCAAAGGGGCCACCUGUCACCGUCUUUGUGGGCAACAUCACGGAGAGAGCGUCUGACAACCUCAUCCGACUCAUUCUUCAGCGGUGUGGCACUGUGGUCAGCUGGAAGAGAGUCCAAGGUGCAAAUGGCUGGCUCCAAGGCUUUGGCUUCUGCGAGUAUGGAGAUCCGGAGUCUGCCAUGAGGGCCAUACGCAUCCUACAUGAGUGGGAAAUUGGAGAUAAAAAGCUUGUGGUGAAAGUGGAUGCCAAGACCAAGGAGAAGCUAGACGAAUACAAGGCGAGCAAGCGAACCACCACUGGGCAGCAGCAACAGCCUCAGCAGCAACAGCAGCCCGGCGGCACAGCAGACGGUGCUCCGGCUCCAGAGGGCGCCAAUUCCGAAGCCAAGCCGCAGCCGACGGAUGAGAUAGACGAGGCCACCUGGCGCCAGGACAGGGACACGCGGGAGUCCAUCCUACACCUGCUGCGCUCGCACGCCAGCGAGCUGACUCGGGGCACUGACCGCGAGCGAGAGAGAGAAGGCGACAGGGGUGGUGGCGGCGGCAACAACGCAGCCACAAGAUCUCCACGUAACACCCGGCGAACCAGCCCCGAGCCCGAGAGGGAGUACAGGUCGAGCAAGAACCACCGUCUGAUGCAAGAACUGGAUGAGAUGGACAUUGAAGAAGACAAGCGGAACUUAAUCACGAGGGAAAUCGACAAAUUCCGGGACACGUACAAGCCCUCGGACCUCGGUCUGACCGUGAACUCAUGGGGGAGCUUUGUUCAGCGCCUGCGGCGCAAGGCGGCGGCCAGGCAGGGUGGCUCGGCAGCCCCCGUCGAAGGGUUGAGCGUGAAAAUAGCCUCGUACCAGAGUGCCUCGGGCUCGCACGUGACCCAUUUUCCAGUCAUUUCCUCGCUUGCCCUUGGUGACUACUCGGACAGCUCACACAACUCAUACUCUCUGGCAUCAUCUGACAUGGAGAAACAGCAGGAGGAAGACCGCGAUCGGGAGCGGGAGCGGCGCCGAGAGCGCAAGGAACGGCGGGAGCGAGAACGCAGCCCGGAUCGGUCGCGCAGCAACCGCAGCGACCGCGACAAGGACCGAUCGCGCGACUUGGCCAAGGAUGACCGGGCCGACGAGAGGUCCAGCCGGGACCGGGAUCGAGACAGGGAUCGAGAGUCGUCUCGCGAGCCCAAGGCAUCAUCCGACUCGGUGCAGCCGGCUUCUUCGUCGACGACGCAGCCGCCACCCUCCCGGUCGGACAGGGCGCCUUCCAAGUCCCGCUCCGAGUCUCCCGAGCGCGACUGGGUGCGAGAGCGAGAACGGGAGAGGGAACGGGAACUUCGGGAGGUGAUGAGGCCCCGAGAUUCAGAACGUGACUGGGAGCGCGAGAGGGAAGAGGAAGAGGAGGCGUAUGAGCGCAAGAAGCUGGAGAGGAAGCUGCGCGAAAAAGAAGCUGCCUACCAGGAGAGGUUGCGCAAUUGGGAAGCCAGGGAGCGACGAAAGGCCAAAGAGUAUGAGAAGGAGCGGUUAAAGGAGGAAGAGAGGCAGGCUGAAGAGGCGAAGGAAGCACGCAGGCUGAAAGAGUUCCUGGAAGACUAUGAAGAUGAGAGAGACGAUGUCAAGUAUUACAAGGGAGCCGCCCUGCAGCGCCGCAUGAAGGACCGCGAGAAGGAGAUCGAGCUGGACAAUCGCGACCGACAGCGAGAACGUGAGGAGCUCGAUGAUCUCCGGCGGAAGCUGGCGGACGAGGGCCACCCCGAUCCGGAGGCCGAAGCCAAGCGCAUCCACCACGAAGAAGAGGCCCGCCUGCUCAAGCCACAGCCACACCUGCUAACCGUGGUGCGGCCAGAACCCGAGCCUGAGCCCGAGCCAAGGGGACGAGAAGUGUCUUCGCCCCCCGCGCGGCGGCCUUCGCAGCACAGUCGGGCGCCCAUGUCGCCCAAGGCCGAGCCGCGAUCGCCACCUCCGCGCCGGGAGAACUCAUCCGCGCGUCACGCGCGGUCGCCUUCACCGCAGUCUGCACCCUCCACGGGGCCAGCAGUGACCGCGGAAGAAGACGGGAGCGGCCAGAACAGUCUCUCAGGUUUUUCAGACGUGGCAACGCCACAGGAGGAGGGACGGAGCAUGGGAUUUGGCGUGCUGAAGUUGGGUGGAAGCCCCAGUCAGGCAAGUGGGCGCAAGAGCCCCCCGUCGAGCAGCAAGCGCAAGAAGCUGUCUGUGGCCGCCUCACAAGUGUUUGGCAACGCGGAGGAAGAGGAGUCUGCGGAGACCCGCAAGAAGCGCAAGUUGGUGCCCCUGGAGGAUGAAGAGGCCCGGCAACAGCAGCAGCAGCAACAGGUGCAACACAUGAACACUGAGGAGAAGCGCAAGCACAUCAAGAGCUUGAUCGACCGCAUACCCACGUCGAAGGAGGAGCUCUUCAACUUUAACUUCGACCGAAGCCUCGUGGACAAUGCGCUGAUGGACAAGCGCAUCCGGCCCUGGAUCAACAAGAAGAUUGUGGAGUACAUUGGCGAGGAGGAACCCACACUGGUGGACUUCAUCUGCUCCAAGGUGCUGGCCGGCAGCGCGGCACAGAGCAUACUCAAUGACGUGUCCAUGGUGCUGGACGAAGAAGCCGAAGUGUUUGUUGUGAAGAUGUGGCGGCUUCUCAUCUACGAAAUCGAAGCCAAGAAAGUGGGAUUAGUGAAGUGAUGAGACUCGUACGCUUUUCAACACUUAGGGACCUUUUUUUCCUCUUUGUAUACACGAGCGGCUGUUCAGUGGACAUUCUUUUGUGACGACCUUCUCCGUGGGUUUGUUGCAAAAACUUGUCACCAACCACUGCCGCCGCCAUCUUACCUGUAAAUACUGUCAAUUCUUCUUCCACCGCAUUUUUUAUGUAGAGUAUUAUUCUUGUCUCUUUCACACACAUCUCUUCAUUGUACAAUGCACUGCUGCGAUUAAGCUCUAGGACAGGAAGAUGCUGGCGCAAUUCCGAGAGGUCCGAAGGGAGCGUACUGGGGAAACCUCCGCUGGACAGCUAGUUCACCCGUGCUUUCCCAUUGACAGAGUUCAGGGCAAGUUGUCAAGAACGGAGUUCUGCAAAAUUUGGGAGCAGAACGCUUCCAUUGUACCUAUACGCUUUUUGUAAAUGGCCUGCAUUCUGAUAGCAUUAGUGCCAUCUGCUAUUUUUUUUUUUUUUUUUCCUGCUAUAACUUUUUUUUUUCCAAAGUGUCGGAGUGAAAUGCCUUUUUGUCUAUACUAUUUUUUAAGUGAGCAGGCUAAGUCAUUGUGGAUUGUAUAAGUGUCAUUAAAAAAACUAGGGACAGCGGCAUGGUUCUGUUCCCUCGCACAAUACAAGCUGUCUCAUUGCCUGUGCAAUUAUAUCUGUGUUUUGACCAGGAAAUUUAGGCUGGUUCAUGCAUUUCCAAGGGCCGAGACGUUGCUAGGACACGGCACGAAAAACACUCGGGAACCUGCAUGUUGUACCGUAACAUGGAAACAUGCAGGACACUGUGCACAUGUUUGUUGCAAUACGAUCAGCGUUCAUAAACAUGGCAAAAAAAGCCGCUAUAUGUAACAAGUUAUUAGUCACCUUAAAAGGGGGAUGUGGGUGGCUAACACUCAAUUUUCGCCAAACAUACGCAUUUUCAAAUUUUGUUUGUUUUUUUAAUUUCUGAGCAUAUAAAGAAGCUCCUCGCCAAGUUUGGUUAUGUGUGCAAUAGAAAAGAAAAUGAGCUUCAUUCCCCCCCCUCGGCAAUUGCAUGUGUUUUUGCCUGUUUUGAUAUCUUUGAAUCGAUUUUUCUUUGUUGCACUAUUCGGCCAUUUUGCACUUUUAAGAGGAAUAUAGUUUCGAAACUGCAAAGGUGAAAUCUUUUUGUAUCUAGGCUGAAAAUUUAUGAGGAACAAAACUGUGGAUGCCUUGAAUUUCUAGAUUGCUUCUGUUGAGAAAUAUAGAUUUAUGGAUCACAAUAACAAACAAACAAAAGCUUAGUUUUUCAAGUGAUGCGGUUUCUACAGAAGUUAUGAAAUUGCAAGCAGCUGCCCCUAUCCUGUAAUAUGAGGGCGUCGACAAAAUAACUAUUCCGAGAAAGCUUAUAUAAAGCGAUCAUUUUUAAAAUGAUAGUUUUCCUGAGGUGACAUAUUCAUUUUCUCAAUGGGAUAUGCAAAACUUUUUUUUCUAUUUGUGCUAGGGUAAUCAAAUUUACUACACGUUCUCUAACAACAAAACAGAGCAUUCUGCCGAUUUUUUUUUUUUUUUUAAUUGGCGUGUCGGUUCAAAAGUUGACCUGUCAGCCACACAUCCCCCCUAAUGACAACUCUGCCUUUUUAAAGUCUCGGUUACUUUUUUUUUUUUGUUUAGUAUCCUUUUAGUGAUAUAAUUACCCAGUAAAUUGUCCAGGUAAAAUUCCUAAAUCGACGUAAGGGAUUUUUAAGGAAUUUCAAUGCCUCGCGCCCAUUUUGUCCCAAGGUGGGACAAGAUGGAACUCCCAUAGACCCUUUUCACGACUGUAAAGCUAGCUUUCCUGCAAGGCAGCUUGUCCAACUAAUGGCAGCAUCGUCAUUUUUGCAGACACAUGCAAGAGCAUUUGGCUUGUGUUGGGGCAUAGAAAAUGUAGAUGUGGCUCUCGUGAUGAAACCAUGCGCAAGAGAAUAGCCUCAGCACGUUCAUCUAGCACUUUGUCUGCAUUUGAACAAUGACGGAUGCUGCUUUUAGUUGGGCAGAUGUGCAAUACAGAGAAAGAAGCGUGUUAACCUGGGUACAUUAAAGCUGCUUUUCUAGGCAAAGCGCAAUCUAGAGAUCCGAUACUGUUUUCUUAGAAAACGGGGAAUUGUUUCCCUUUUCACAUUGUGACUGUUGAAUUGCCGACACAGGAGAAUUUAAAAACAGUUUGAGAAAUUGUAAAGCAAUUUCAAGGAAAUUGUCACCAUUACUUGGCGACUUUUUGCUAAAAUUUGAAUGUCUUGGGCUCUGACCUGGCAACUUUGUUCAGAAAAGUUACCUACAUUGCUGCAAUUCAACACGCAGGACACGCAUCCUUUUUAUGUUUUUGUUCUGGUGCUGUGACCAAACACGGUAUCUAGCCUCGGUGUUCUGUGUGUAUUGUCAUGCUAUCUGAUGUGCAAGACACGUUUCUUGUACAUUCAUUGCACUGUGACCCAACACGCCCCCCCCCCCCGUCCCGCUUGUUUAACGUGCUACAGCCGAACAUGUUCUUUGUGCAACAACCGGACAUCUAGAACAAUGAUGUGUCCUGUGUGUCUAUUAUGCAAUGACCCAACAUUCAGGACACUUAUGUGGCUCUCAUGAUGAAACAAUGCUUUGAACAGUGAUGUUUCUUCAUGCAAACAUGCUGGACACAUGUCCCGUGUGUGUGUGUAAUCUUCUGUCUUAAUAUUGCUAGUUAAAUGUCUUGGCCCUUGCAAUUGCCCUUGCAGCCAACAUUGCAGACUUUCCCAUGUGAUGCUUCAUUGGUGGACUAAAAGGAAAGGCCUUUGACAGCACAGAAUGUGAAGUCAUUAGCAAAACAGAUGGUAGUUAACUAUGAUGACCAUGCGAUGCGGUAUCCAACUUCUCACCUUACACUAACGCACAAUUUUAUAGCAGCUUGCUCAUAGGCAUGGUCGAUGCACUGCUGCUAAUUAAUGGGACAGCUGGAGCAAAAUACAUGUUCUGUAAUCAUGUAAUGCUCAUUGGCGUCUGUCAGGUACUUGUGUAAGCAUUUUUCUACAGUUUCGAGGAGUAUUUGUAGCAGCUUUAAAAUUUUGCAUGUGCAGCAAGAAAUGCUAAUGCCACAUAUUGUCCAGCUACAGUGGUGGCCUGCCUUUGCUCCGAUUCAAAAGACCCCAGUUCCAGAGGAAAUCCUAUUCGGAGACUGUGCUUGCACGGACAGAUAGAGAAAAACUUUCGUCAUUAUGCGUGACCUCAAAGAAUGUUGGUGCGGCAAGGGAGCCCUGCUAUGCACUGACGAAGUCCGAGGCCGUACAUAUUCUACCACUUUUGCGAUUCGGAAGGGGCCAUUGGGUGUGCCCGCUAUCGUUCCAGCAGAUUUGUGCGACUGGUUGGAAUCGGCGAGAUUGUGUACGAAGAUCUAAUAAAAGCGGCAAGCCGCAUUUUUU